UACUGCUGGCGAUGGCUGCACGCAUCGUACGAGGGAUGGAAGAGCUGGUAGCAUCAAGCAGCCAGUUAGUCUGGAGCUUGGCACAUCGGACCUUAAGGAGGUGGUACCAUCACGGACUGAUGCCCUGUCGGCGUUUCCUGGAACCGUGGUUUAGGAUUGGAAAAUGUUACCAGAUGGCAGAGGGCCGUCAGUGCCAAAUUCACCUCCUUGACAGCAGGAAGCUGGAGCUGCUGGUUCAGCCCAAGCUUCUGUCUCGUGAGUUGUUAGAUAUGGUGUCUUCACAUUUCAACCUGAAGGAAAAAGAAUACUUUGGAUUGUGCUUCAUAGAUGACACAGGACAGAAUAACUGGCUGCAUUUGGACCGUAAAGUCCUGGACCAUAACUUUUCCAAGACAUCCGGUCCUUUGGAGCUCAGGUUCCUUGUGAGGUUUUACAUUGAGAGGAUCACAUUCUUAAAAGAAAACACAACGGUGGAGCUCUUCUUCCUAAAUGCUAAAACUUUAGUGUUUAAUGAGACCAUCGAAGCGGAGAGCGUAAACAUUUUCAAGUUAGCCGCAUUCGCAUUGCAGGAGGCCAAAGGAAACUACAGCAGUGCUGAAACUGCCAGAUCAGACUUGAAGCAGCUCCCAGUUUUGCCCACUCGAGUCCUGAGAGAACAUCCAUCUCUGAAUUACUGUGAGGACAGAGUGAUUGAGCAUUACAAGAAGCUGAAGGGACUGACCAGAGGACAAGCUAUUGUACAGUAUUUGAGUCUGGUGGAAUCCCUGCCGACUUAUGGAGUCCAUUAUUAUCCAGUGAAGGACAAGCAGGGAAUACCGUGGUGGCUUGGACUCAGCUACAAAGGAAUUGGGCAGUUUGAUUUGCAAGACAGGCUGAAACCAAGAAAGUUGUUUCAGUGGAAGCAGUUGGAGAAUUUGUAUUUUCGUGAGAAGAAAUUUGCAGUAGAAGUGAACGACCCACACAGAAGAACAGUAACCAGGCAAACGUUUGGACAGACUGGCCUGGUUAUUCACACAUGGUACGCCAGCCACUCUCUGAUUAAAACCAUCUGGGCGAUGGCCAUCAGCCAGCACCAGUUCUACUUGGACAUGAAGCAGAGCAAAGCAAAGAUGACCACAGCUAGGAGUUCAGGAGACAUUGCCAUGGACCUGACAGAGAUCUGUACCCCCCGGAUCAGUAAAUUGUCCCACAUUGACAGCAAAGAUGAGUUCAUCAUGGCCAGCAAUGGAAGCCUCAUCUCUGCUGGUUCUGCUGACUCUGAGGUCAGUGAUGAACAGAAGAAAGAGAAGAUUUCUGAGUUGAAGAAGAAAGAGAAGGCCCUUCAGGACACACUGACUCAGAAACUGGAGGAGCUGAAGAAGCUCUGCAUGAGAGAAGCUGAGCUCACUGGGAAAUUGCCAAAAGAGUAUCCCCUGAGCUCAGGUGAGAAGGCGCCUCAGGUGCGACGGCGUGUUGGGACUGCCUUUAAACUAGAUGAACUCUUCCCCUACAAUGAGGACCCCUAUCUGAGGAAUAUGGAGAGCAGGUUUGGCCUGCAGCAGAAGAUCGUGGAAGCAGCCAUGAAGUUAGCUGACGAGGGUGACCUCUGUAAGACAGUGAAGAAAAAGAGGAAAAACAACUGCCUAGAUGCAAUGAGGAAGUUAGAGGAGAUGGAAAAGGAAAUUAACGCCUAUAGGGUCAAGAUUGGGAAGAAACCCACCCAAAGAGCUUCACUGAUCUUAACAGAUGAUGCCAAUACUUUAGACAUCAGUUCUCUGUCUGACAGCCUCACUCUGGACGACGAUGAUGAUCUCACUUCUCAAAGGCAGCGAUCAAGAUCAGUCCAGUACUCUCCAAGACCCCACCAUGCAAAAACACUGGGCAUCCACUACAGUAACGAGAGACGGAUCUCUGCCGCCGAACACCAUGCAGACAGCAGGUUAGAUUAUGUCCCAGCCCAGGAAUCGCUCCACUACAGUCACAGUGAUACCUUAUCAGGAGUCAGCAGUCCUCACAAGCCAGCUUCCAGGCAGCCACGUGAUGCACGCAGCAUGCCCCCCACCCCACUCCUCACCCGCAAUGCCUCCAGCAGCACCCAGCUAAGAUCUGAAGAUGCUCCAGCACACUUCCGUCAGCGCAGUGGUAGUCUGGAGUCUCAGCCUCAGGUCUUGACAGACGGCGAACCACCAGUGCCUACAUUCACCUUGUGUCCGACGCGGCGCAGCAACAGUACAGAGGUUCUUGAUGAUGGCUCCUCCUACACAAGUCAAUCCAGCAUAGAGUAUAACAUCCCUGGUAACCACACCCACCGACGCAGAGUCCGUGGCCGCCGCAAAAAAGACAUAUACACAAACACAGGGAGCAUGCCCAAUUUGGCUCAACCAGACUCUCGUGGCUACAUGUAUCAGCCUCAGGGCCACCCCACCACCACAGCGUACUAUGUGACAGGAUACCCCACCUAUUCAGACCCAGACCCCUACACCAAUGGAGUUUACAUGUAUGACAAUGAGAUGGAGGGACACUACAGUGUCAGUGCGUCCUAUCACCCCAGCACAACAGCCUAUCACAGCCAAGAUAUCUACAGUCACUGUGGUAAUGACAAGAUGGACAGCAUGUCACAGAACCCAUAUGCUACACUACGGCCCCCUAGGAACCGCCCAGUGCCCCAAAGUAACAAACAGGUUGCCAAAAACAUCCAGAAAGCGUUGGUAACUGAACACCUGAGAGGCUGGUAUCAUCGCAGUGCUGCAUACAAACAGGCAGCCUAUGAAUAUGACUAUGACAGAGGCUCCCAUCAGAGCGUGAGCUACCAGACCAUACCUGCACCUUACAGCCACAACAGGAACAUCUGCUAUUCAUCAGCGUCCUCUGGGGGAAACUGGCACGGUCAUGUGAGCAGCAGGAUGGUGGAAUGUGACAUGCUCGUGCAUGAGCAGCCGUCCUACUCUUACAGCACAGCUCCGUACACCCACUCCGCCUACAACAGAUAUGGGGCCUCCCAGCUUUUAAAUGGCUCCUGGCACAGCCCUGAUGGCCGGAGGUGCUGCGCCGGCUUUUCCCCGAUUAAAUCCUCCUGCUCAGCUCCUCCCUCGUCUUCUUUCCCCUUCUCCUCUGCUGGCUGUGGAGCAGGGUGCCUGGCCUCCUGCCGUGCACAGCCGCAGUCUGCCAGACGACACAGGCUCAGUCAGGUGUCCUUUGCUAAAGGAAGCACAUAGUAAGUGUCCAGAGUG